AUGGACGAGAUUGUAGAAGACUCGAGCAGAGUCAUGGAGAUAGAAGGACAGAAUGAUGAUCUGGACCGGUGCGUGGUGGAGGAGGUUGAGCUAACCGUUCCAAAAACCGAUGAUCCAACGUUACCGGUUCUCACAUUUCGAAUGUGGACUUUAGGUCUUGGUGCGUGUAUCAUACUCUCGUUCAUAAACCAGUUUUUCUGGUACAGACAGAUGCCGUUAACCAUUAGCGGAAUCUCGGCUCAGAUUGCGGUCGUGCCACUUGGUCACCUGAUGGCUAAGGUUCUUCCUACAAGGAUGUUCUUGGAAGGAUCAAAGUGGGAGUUUUCUAUGAAUCCAGGUCCUUUUAAUGUCAAGGAACAUGUAUUGAUCACGAUUUUUGCUAAUUCGGGAGCUGGAACGGUUUAUGCGACUCAUAUACUUAGUGCAAUUAAGCUCUAUUAUAAGAGAUCUCUUCCAUUUCUACCGGCUUUUCUCCUUAUGAUCACAACGCAGUUUCUCGGAUUUGGGUGGGCUGGUCUAUUCCGUAAACAUCUUGUUGAGCCUGGUGAAAUGUGGUGGCCAAGCAAUCUAGUUCAAGUGUCUCUCUUCAGUGCCUUGCACGAGAAGGAAAAGAAGAAAAAGGGAGGCAUGACCCGAAUCCAAUUCUUCCUCAUUGUCCUUGUUACCAGUUUUGCAUACUACAUUCUCCCUGGUUAUUUAUUCACAAUGAUAACUUCCAUCUCAUGGAUCUGUUGGCUUGGUCCCAAAUCGGUUUUGGUUCACCAACUCGGUUCAGGUGAACAAGGUCUUGGUAUUGGCGCAAUUGGUAUUGACUGGGCUACAAUUAGCUCUUACCUCGGUAGCCCACUCGCGAGUCCCUUAUUCGCUACAAUCAAUGUAACCAUCGGUUUUGUGGUGAUCAUGUAUGUCGCCACUCCAAUUUGCUAUUGGCUAAAUAUUUACAAAGCCAAAACAUAUCCCAUCUUCUCAAGUGGGCUUUUCAUGGGCAAUGGCUCGUCCUAUGAUGUUUUAAGCAUCAUUGAUAAGAAGUUUCAUCUCGACCGAGAUAUAUAUGCAAAGACUGGUCCUAUCAAUAUGAGCACUUUCUUUGCAGUCACAUAUGGUCUUGGGUUUGCUACUUUGUCCGCAACUAUUGUCCAUGUUUUACUCUUCAACGGAAGGGAUUUAUGGAAACAAACAAGAGGUGCUUUUCAGAGGAACAAGAAAAUGGAUUUCCACACGAGAAUCAUGAAGAAAAACUAUAGGGAAGUUCCUAUGUGGUGGUUUUAUGUGAUCCUCGUACUCAACAUUGCGCUCAUCAUGUUCAUAUCAUUCUACUACAAUGCAACCGUGCAGCUACCUUGGUGGGGAGUGUUGCUAGCUUGUGCCAUUGCUGUCUUCUUCACUCCGCUUAUCGGUGUUAUCGCCGCCACCACUAAUCAGGAACCGGGUUUGAACGUCAUUACGGAAUAUGUAAUCGGGUAUCUCUAUCCAGAACGUCCGGUUGCUAACAUGUGCUUUAAAGUAUAUGGAUACAUCAGCAUGACUCAGGCUCUAACAUUCAUCCAAGACUUCAAACUCGGACUCUACAUGAAGAUUCCUCCUAGAAGCAUGUUCAUGGCACAGGUGGUUGGGACGCUUGUGUCUGUGGUAGUGUACACAGGAACUGCUUGGUGGUUAAUGGUAGACAUUCCUCAUCUAUGUGACAAAUCUUUGCUUCCUCCAGAUAGCGAAUGGACAUGUCCCAUGGACCGUGUCUUCUUUGAUGCUUCAGUUAUUUGGGGACUUGUAGGACCACGUAGAAUGUUCGGUAACUUAGGAGAAUACGCAGCCAUAAACUGGUUCUUCCUCGUAGGUGCAAUCGCUCCUUUCUUUGUCUGGCUAGCGACCAAAGCAUUCCCAGCUCAUAAAUGGAUCUCGAAGAUUCAUUUUCCGGUCAUUUUAGGAGCAACCUCGAUGAUGCCACCCGCGAUGGCGGUUAACUUCACGAGUUGGUGCAUCGUUGCAUUUGUGUUUGGACACUUUUUGUAUAAGUACAAGAGACAGUGGUGGAAAAAGUAUAACUACGUUUUGUCGGGUGGUUUAGACGCGGGCACUGCGUUUAUGACAAUACUUAUAUUCCUAUCGGUUGGACGCAAAGGAAUUGGAUUGUUGUGGUGGGGAAACGCUGAUGAUAGCACAAACUGUAGCCUCGCGUCUUGUCCUACCGCUAAAGGCGUUAUUAUGCAUGGAUGUCCAGUUUUAUGA